UCUCUCCUCCCAGCAGCUUUUCCGGGGCGGAGCUACACCUGUUUACUUCCUGGAUGCUAACCGCUCACUCUGCUGCACCAUGAAAACACACGUUUUAUUCAACUUAUUCGCCACAUUCUUACUCGCAGACGGUCUGAACAUCGAGGAUAGCGCAGGGCAGUUCUUCAGCAGCGGUCAUACCAAUAACUGGGCUGUCCUGGUGUGUACAUCCAGAUUCUGGUUCAACUACAGACAUGUGGCAAACACUCUGUCUGUGUACAGAAGUGUGAAGAGGCUGGGCAUCCCUGACAGCCACAUAGUUCUGAUGCUGGCUGACGACAUGGCCUGCAACCACAGAAACCCCAAACCUGCCACGGUGUUCAGCCACAAGAACAUGGAGCUGAACGUGUACGGCGACGACGUGGAGGUGGACUACAGAGGAUACGAGGUGACGGUGGAGAACUUCCUGCGAGUUCUGACGGGACGGCUUCCUCCCAGCACUCCACGCUCCAAACGCCUCCUCUCUGACGACAGGAGCAACAUCCUCAUAUACCUGACAGGCCACGGCGGGAACGGCUUUCUGAAGUUCCAGGACUCGGAGGAGAUCAGUAACGUGGAGCUGGCGGACGCUUUUGAGCAGAUGUGGCAGAAAAGAAGGUACAACGAGCUGCUCUUCAUCAUCGACACCUGUCAGGGCGCCUCCAUGUACGAGAGGUUCUACUCCCCCAACCUCAUGGCCCUGGCCAGCAGUCAGGUCGGAGAGGACUCCCUGUCGCACCAGCCUGACUUGGCCAUUGGAGUCCACCUGAUGGACCGGUACACCUUCUACCUGCUGGAGUUCCUGGAAGACAUCCACCCUGCCAGCAAAGCCAACAUGAAUGAUCUGUUCAAAGUGUGUCCCAAGAGUCAGUGUGUGUCCACUCCAGGCCACCGUACCGACCUGUUCCUGAGGGAUCCAGGAAGCGUCCUCAUCACUGAUUUCUUCGGUAGCGUACGCAAAGUGGAGAUCACCACAGAGGCCAUCGAUCUGACCGACCCCAUCAAGGAGGUGGAGGAGAGACCUGCUAAUGGAGACGUCCAUAAAGAGAUGCACUCCUAUGUGGACCAGCUGCCGGUUUCUGAAAUCAUCCAUCAGAAACCCAAGCAGAAGGACUGGCAUCCUCCCGACGGCUUCAUCCUGGGCCUGUGGACUCUCAUCCUGCUGGUGUUCUUCCAGACGUACGGCGUCAAACAUCUCAGACACAUCUUCUGAUCUUCUGCUUUACGCCGCUGGAUGUCUGAGGGCCGAAAGCUUUCCGUUUCCUGCCGUUUGUCUCGCGUUUUUGUCGUUUUGUUUCAUGCUUUUGUCAUUUUGUGUCUCAUUUUUUGGUUUUUUUUUUAUCGCUUUGUAACUUUUUUUGUCAAAUUUUUUGUCACUUUUUAUUUAGUUUCAUGUCAAUUGUCUCAAUUUUUGUCAUUUUGUGUCUCAUUUUUUAUAAUAUUUUGUCUUGCUGUUGUUGUGUUUUGUCUUGUUUUUUGUCUGACUUUUGUCGUUUGUCUCAUGUUUUUGUCAUUUUUUGUCUCGUUUUUGUCGUUUGUCCAUUUUUGACGCUUUGUAAAUUUUUUUGUCAAAUUUUUUGACACUUUUUGUUUUGUUUCAUGUUUGUCUCAUUUUUGGUCGUUUUGUCUCAUUUUUGUAAUAUUUUGUCUUGUUUUUGUUGUUUUCUUUGUGUUUUUUGUCUGACCUUUGUCUUUUUUCUCAUUUUUUGUCAUUUUGUUUCUUGUUUUUGUCAUUUUGUGUCUCAUUUUUGCAAUAUUUUGCCUUGUGUUUGUUGUUUUUUUGUCUUGUUUUUUGUCUGACUUUUGUUGUUUGUCUCAUGUUUUUGUCGUUUUGUUUCUCCCUUUUGUCAUUUUGUGUUUCCUUUUUGUCUCGCUUGUGUUCUUUGUCUUAUUUUUGUCAUUAUUUUAUGUUUUGCCUUAUUCCUUCUCGCUUGUGUAGUUUGUCAAUUUCUUGUCGUUUUGUUCCAGAAAGGGGGCAGGUGAAGUUUGUGACUCCUUUCUGGAAACUGCUUCAUAUUCUGGGUGCCUUUUUUCUUUUUCUUUGGGAUGACUUCUGACAUGUAAACUUUUGAGUGCUGUUCAUGAGAAGGGACACUUCUACACCUUACAGCCGUUUUACAACAGCUUUCCGUGUUUUUUUUAUUUAUUUCCUAGUGUGCUGAACGUUCCACGGCUGCAUUGAUUUGGUUGAAAAUGCGCUGAAGUGAGUCUGCAGAUAAGAAUUUAAUUUAGUUUUGAGAGCUGCUCUGCAUAUUUCAGUGUUUGAGUGCUCCUCAGACCGUCAGUCAGGAGGAUGUGGAACGAGGGUGGCUGAUUGGCUGAGAGUGGGCUGUGGAGAGAUGACAGCUUAAUGUCCUGCGGUCCGUAUACAUUACACCCCUGACCCUCGUAUCGCACUUGUGAAGGAUAACAAUCACACAUAAUCCCAUCUGGCGUGAUGGACCCAUUCACUAAAUUGCCCUCCCAGUGGAAGCAUCCAUUAGCUCCCCGGCUGUGUGCUCGGCUGAUGGUGUUCCGAUGAUGGACAGCUAUCCCUGGCUAUUCCCAGCUAAUCCCAGCUAUCCCUGGCUAUUCCCAGCUAAUCCCAGCUAUCCCUGGCUAUUCCCAGCUAUCCCCGGUUAUUCCCAGCUAUUCCCAUCUAUUCCCAGCUAUUCCCGGGUAUUUGAAAAUGAAAUGAGACACAAAAGGACAAAAACAAGACAAAAUGACAAAAACAAGACACAAAAAUGAGACAAAAUGAGCUAUUCCCAGCUCUUCCACGUUAUGCGAAAAUGAAAAAAAGAGACACAAAAUGACAAAAAUGAGACACAAAACGACAAAAAUGACACAAAAACGACAAUAAUGACACAAGAUGACAAAAACGACACAAAAUGACAAAAACAAGAUAAAAUGACAAAAAUGAGACACAAAAUGGCAAAAUGAGACAAAAUGACAAAAACGAGACACAAAAAUGAGACAAAAUUAGCUAUUCCCGGCUAUUCCCGGCUAUCCCCAGCUAUUCCCAGCUAUUCCCAGCUAUUCCCGUUUGUUCCUGCGUCUCGUGCCGCAGCAGCGAUAAGUGAGUGAUAACCUCGUGAGCCGCCGGCCGUCCCAGAUGAUUCUCCUCCACGCUGGGACGUGUUUGCCUUUUUUCCUCCUCCACUGUGCAUUGGGCUGCUUGUUGGAGGGGUGAAUGGAUGGAAGCAGCUGUGAUUUAUCUCCUGUGGUCCCGCCCAUCAGCCGCCCUGCCGCUCUUCCUCCAGGCUCAGGUGGAGAAUGGAUGGAGUUAGAAAUGAAACCAUAUGCUGCGUCAGCUGCCGCGUUCUACCUUUUCUUAUACAUUAUUUAUGCAACGCUUAUUUUUCUUCUUCCUUUUCCCUCCCAGUUCCUUAUCGCUCCUGCUCCAGAACGCAUUUUAUCUCCUGAUGCGCUGAUUAAACAUGAAACACUGAAUCACAAUAAAGUUUAACUGCCUGA